CUCUCUCUCUCUCUCUCUCUCUCUCUCUCUCUCUCUCUCUCUCUCUCUCUCUCUCUCUCUAGAAUUGCAGAGAUUAAAAGGUGUGUAGUCUAGAGAGAGAAACAGCAAAAGACAUGUUAGAAAACCUCACAUUCGUCUAUUUCUUUUCUUUAAGAUAAUGAAUUGGAGCUUCUUACAUCUACUUACCACAAGAAGAUGAAAAACGAGAAUGUGUGUUCUGAAAACCCUGCAUUUUCUUUCGAUGAUGGUCUUUUAUGUGAUGAGCAGGAAAACGAUUUGGAUUUCGGAUGUGGGUUUGGGUUUGGUUUAUUCGAACAAGAAAUUCAAAUCGUGAAAGAAAAAGCUCAUCUUUUUACCCAUUUUGAACAUGAUCUGUUAUGGGAAGAAGACGAGCUUGCUUGUCUUUUGUCUAAAGAGAGAAAUCUUGUUUCAGAAGAAGGGGAUUUGUUCAAUGGUAGGGUUUUACUAGGUUUAAGGAAAGAAUCUGUCGAUUGGAUGAUUAGGGUUAGUACCCAUUACGGAUUCGUUGCUAUGACAACCAUUUUGGCUGUUAAUUACUUCGAUAGAUUCUUGUUGAGCGAUUCUUUCCAGAAAGAUAAGCCGUGGAUGAAUCAGUUAGCUGCAGUCGCUUGUCUUUCUCUAGCUUCUAAAGUUGAAGAAAUCCAUACCCCUCUUCUCCUCGACCUGCAAGUCGAAGGAUCAAAAUACGUAUUCGAAUCCAAGACUAUAAUGAAAAUGGAGCUUUUAGUGCUUUCGUCUCUUCAAUGGAAGAUGAAUCCAGUAACCCCACUUGCAAUCUUCGAUUAUACAAUGAGGAGGCUUGGUUUAAUCACUCAUCGUCUUCAUUCAGAGUCCAUUAACAGAUGCGAAAGAUUUGCUCUUGCUGUCGUCAAUGAUUCAAGGUCUCUGGUUUAUCUUCCAUCUGUAAUCGCUGCUGCUAUAAUGUUUCUUGUGUUCAAAGAGAUCGAUCCUGACAACUCACUAGAUUAUCAAGAACGAGUCAAAGGUUUUCUUGAAAUUAACGAGGAAAAGAUAGAGGAGUGUUCUAAUUUCAUCCUGGAAGUAUCAGAAACUCAAGGUCUAACUCAGAAGCGAAAGUACCAAUUUACCCCUGAAAGUCCAAAUGGUGUGAUCGAUUCCUAUUUCAGCAGAGAGAACUCUAAUGAUUCAUGGGCAAUUUCGUCAUCUGUUUCAUCUUCACCGGAACCUGUUUUCAAGAAGAAUCGAGUUCAGGAACAACAAAUGAGACUGGCGCCAGCUUGUCGAGUGGCCCUAAGCAAAGCUCAUUGAACUCUGAGGGUAUUAUGGUAAUUUCACAAACCCUUGUUUUGAAUAUUUAUUUGCCGAAGUAUGUUGUUUAAGGUGUAA